UGGAUCGCUCCGUAGAUUAUGGUGGGAUGGUCAUAUAGGGCUGUGUGAUUGGCCGGGGGACGGGAGGGGACAUGCUCAUUCAUACAGGGCUGGGUUUUGCUGGUAUAUACAGGGCUGUGUGUAUCUCCAUAGGCUGGUCUGUAUAGGGUUAAAUGGGGGGGCGCCGAUCCACACAAAGCUGUAUGGAUUGCCGUAGCCUGGUCAAUAUAGGGUUAUAUUGCUGGAGGGGUGGGUAAAAGACUCUGUGGAUUGCAGUACAAUGGCCCAUCUGGGGCUCUAGGACCUGGGGGCGGGGGUUGUGAUGGUACAUAUAGGGCUAUAUGGAUUUCGAUAGGAUGGUCUGUACAGGGCUGUAUGGCCUGGAAGGGGGGGUGGUCCACACAUGGCUGUAUGGAUGGCAGUAGAAUGGUCUGUAUGGGGCUAUAUGACCUGGGAUGUGUGUGUGCUGGUCCAUACAGGCUGUAUGGAUUUCGGUAGGAUGGUCUGUAUAGGGCUAUAUGGCCUGGAGCGGUGCUGGUCCAUACAGGGCUGUAUGGAUUGCAGUAGAAUGGUCCAUAUGGGGCUAUAUGGCUUGGGGAUCACAGUCUGUGGAUCCCUGCCUCCCUUCUCUCUGCUCGCCAGCCCCCUUGUCACUCCCAGGAUGAGCCGGAAGCGGAGGGUAGCCGAGGCAGGAGACGUGGGCCUGGCACUGGAGCUGCGCUGGGAGUGGCAGGACCCUGGCGGCACCUGGCAUUGCUUCGUGCCUGAGCAGAGCGAGGUACUGACACAGGCGGCCAGGGCAGGGAAGCCCAGCGUGACUGUGGGCUCCUGUGUGGACCUGCGGCGGAUGGUGCAGCAGAACGGACAGAUGGGGCAGGACAGAUGCGUGGCAGCAGCCAUCCAGGACCAGGACUCCUAUUUCGUGUGGUGCUGGCAGGGGGACAAAGAGGGGCAGUGGCUGCCCUACCCUGCCGAUACCUGCCUGGCGCUGGAGGGUGCGCGGCGCGGCAACGGGGGGCCCAGCCUAGAGGUGACGUUCAGCCAGACCCGCUACACAUUGGACACGGCCCAGAUGACCCAGACCAACGUCAGAACCGGAUACCAGCGCCGGAUGGAACGGAGGGAGUCAGAUGCUGUGGAUGACGAUGGGGCAUCUGAGCCCAGCUCCGUCCCUGGCUUCUCGUCCCCACAACGGCCCUCAGCACCAAAGAGACCCUGGGAUGGUGGGGCCAGCCCCAACCCCGGAGCCGGGGGAGAGAGCACAGAGGUCAUCAAGACCCUGAUUGUGAAGGGGAAGGCGCCGGUGGAUCCCGAGUGCUUGGCUAAACUGGGGAAGACCAACCUCCAGUUCAACAACAACAAGUUCUACGUCCUACAGCUGCUGGAGAACGAUGGGUCGCGGAGCUACAGUGUCUGGAUGCGCUGGGGGCGUGUGGGGCGGCCAGGCCAGCACAUGCUGGUGUCCUGCGCUGGGGACCUCGUCCAGGCCAAGGAGAUCUUCACUAAGAAGUUCCUCGACAAGACCAAAAACCACUGGGCCGAGCGGGGCAACUUCCAGAAAGUGAUGGGCAAGUACGACCUGCUGCACAUGGACAGCCAACCCCCCGCCACAGAGCUGAGCUGCGCGGGGGCCCCCCGGCCCCAGCUGGCCUCACAGCUAGACCCCCGAGUGCAGGCGCUGCUGGGGCUGGUCUGUGACCUGCAGGCCAUGGAGGAGAUGGUGCUGGAGAUGAAGUAUGACACCAAGAAGGCCCCUCUUGGGAAGCUGACGGUGGAGCAGAUCCGUGCCGGGUUCCAGUCACUGCAGAAGGUGGAGGCGGUUCUGCGAGCCGGGGACACCGGGCGGGCCCUGCUGGAGGCCUGCAACGAGUUCUACACCCGCGUGCCCCAUGACUUUGGGCUCCGGACCCCCCCAUUGAUCCGGACACGGCAGGAGCUUCAGGAGAAGGUGCAGCUGCUGGAGGCCCUGGGUGAGAUCCAGAUUGCCAUCAGGCUGGCACACUUGGAGCUGCACGGCCAGGAGCAUCCCCUGGACCAAAGCUACCGCAAGCUGGGCUGCGAGCUCCGCCCCCUGGACCGGGACUCCGCCCACUUCCAGGUGCUGGAGCGGUACCUGCUCUCCACCCAUGCGCCCACCCACCGUGACUACUCCAUGGAGCUGCUGGAGGCCUUCGCCCUGCGCCGGGCUGGCGAGCCCCCCUUCUGCACCAGCCUGCCCAACCGAAUGUUGCUGUGGCACGGCUCCAGGCUGGGCAACUGGGUGGGGAUCCUGAGCCAGGGGCUGAGAGUGGCGCCCCCUGAGGCCCCUGUCACCGGCUACAUGUUCGGGAAGGGCAUCUACUUCGCAGACAUGUCAUCCAAGAGCGCCAACUACUGCUUCGCCUCACGCCAGCGCGACGUGGGCCUGCUGCUGCUGUGCGAGGUGGCCCUGGGCGAGUGCCAGGAGCUGCUGGAGGCAAAUGCUGAGGCCAGGAAGCUGCCACCUGGGAAGCACAGUACCAAGGGGCUGGGGAAGCUAGCGCCCGCCCCCGCCAACAGCGUCAUGCUGGAUGGGGCUGCAGUGCCCCUGGGCCCAGCGGUGGAGACGGGCGUGACGAACCCCCAUGGCUACACCCUCAACUACAACGAGUUUGUCGUCUACGACCCAGGCCAGGUGCGGAUGCGCUACCUGCUCCAAGUGCGCUUCAACUUUGUGCAGCUGUGGUAAGGGGCCCUGGGCGCCUCCUGGGGAAAUGUCCCUCUGCCUUCCUACUGCAAUAAAUUUGGUACCCAUC